ACCUGCUGUGUCUGUGGAGCAGGUCUGACCUGAGCAGGGUUCCUGAAUGAGGAAGUUCCUGCUGUGAUUGUGGCAUCUCAGGGCUGCAGGGAAAACAAACAGAGAGCAUGUCGUCCUGAAAGUGACGGUAGACCCAUCAGAGAGUGGACAGACAGACAGACAGACAGACGUGCCUUUACAGCUCUUCAGAAUGAUGGGGCUCGUCUAUCUCAGAGUCUGGGCCUUCGUGAUCUCUGUCCACACCAUCGGUCAGGCCUACACUGAGGUGUCUGAGGUGAAGCCUGAAGAGCUGUCCGGCCUGCUGGCUCUGCUGGACAUUACAGUGCAGGAGGGCAGCUGUGUGGUGAUCCAGUGUAACGUGAGUGGAGCUCCUGACCGCAUCGUGUGGUACAACUCCAGAGGACACGUUCUGAGCGGGGAAGGGUCAGGUGGUAGGUGGAUGCUGGGGAAAGACGGGCUGAACAUCAGCUCGGUUUCCUUUGAGGAUCGUGGGAGAUACACCUGCGUGGCGUGGAGCUCAGCCGGCGUCUCGAACUACACCGUGUCUCUGAGGGUGAGCUACACUCACAGCGGCCUGGGGCUCUACUACGUCAUCAUCUGCCUGGUGACCUUCACCAUCACCAUGAUCCUCAACGUCACCCGGGUCUGUAUGGUCAGCACCCACCUGCGCAAGACCGAGUGCGCCCUCAACGACUUCUUCCGCGUGGAAGGAGCCGAGAAACUGCAGAAAGCCUUUGAAAUCGCCAAACGCAUCCCCAUCGUCACGUCCACCAAGACUCUGGAGCUGGCCAAGGUGACGCAGUUUAAGACAAUGGAGUUUGCCAGGCAUAUGGAAGAUCUGGCCAGAUGCAUCCCGCUGCCCCCACUCAUCCUAAACUGCAGGACGAUAGCGGACGACGUGUUGGACCACCCGGCAGAGGGUGGGGGUCAGGCAGCUAUCGAAGAGAACCUGGCAUCAGUCCAACUGAGUGAAUCAGCGGAGAGAGAGUCACUCUGUAAGGCCAGCCUGAACGUUAAAGUUUCUGUCCACCAUUUAUCAGACACUGACCAUCCCGUUGGACAUAGUGAAGAGACUGAGGUUACAGUACCUACGCUCUAGAUUUGCAUAGAUAGCGUGAGGCAUGAUGAUAACAUGCUAAUUGGGGGCUAUUGACUUCCAUUCACUGUUAGCCACAUUAGCAUGUUUAAUUAAGCUGCUCUUUUUAAUGAUUUAGUCCCUACUUGAAAUCUUGUUUCCUGGUUUGAGCUUGAUUACUGUCGAAUAUUGUAAAUGUCAGUUCUUAACAAGUAAACAAAUUUGAAUAUG